AUGUCACUGUAUUUUGAUACUCGUGUACAAAAUCCAGAAACAGCUUCAAUAAGUACUCACGCAAUCUGGCAUACCAAUUAUCCUUUCUUGGCAGUUGCUGCAUAUUCUCAGGAUAAGGGUGGUUUUGUGACACUGUAUGAUGAUCAGGGAGAGCCUGUUCAGGAUGUAGAAUCACCAAGACACUCUGUAGCACAGGUUACUGCUCUUGGUUGGCAUCCUGUAAGGAGGUGGCUGGCAGCAGCAUGGGAAAAUGGAGAGUUGAGGGUAUGGCCUGGUGAUACUGGUUGCAUAGAAUUCAAUAUAAUAGUGACUCCACAUCGCGAUCCCAUUAAUAUCUUACAAUGGAGUCAACAUGGCGAGAGAUUAGUGUCUGCAGAUACAGCUGGUUCUAUAGUUGGUUGGAAAAUAGAUUCCAGAGGUCAAUUACUAAUAAUGUUUCAUCAUGAUUUGAAAGACACUUUUGCACAAAUAGUCUUUAAGACUAUUCCACCGAAAUCAACAAUUGAUAUGAGUAGCUUAGCUAAAGCUGCAGGAAAUGAAAGAGCUUUGGAUAUGUUUAGUUCCUGGCGUCCUAGAACAGCUGCACCAACAACUGUUGUAACUCAAAGGGAUAAUCAUGCUUUUUAUAUUGGUACUACUAGCGGAGUCAUCUACUUUGUUGAUAAUCAAGGACAGUGUACAGAAGUCUUUAGCACAAGUGGUGUUGCAUUACAGUUUCUGUUGCACCAUCAGACCAGGGAUUCUAUUAUUAUUAUGACAGACGGUUUGAAUGUCGGGCAUUUUCAGACAGAUCCCAUCACUGGACGACUUUCCGAAUUAACAAAAGUGAAACUUAGCAAUAGAUGUGAUAUAUCAAAAACAAGUCCAGCCUUAUGUUGGGCUGGUGGAAAUACCUUAGCAAUUCUUACAGGAGAGUUAGGUGUUCGUUGUUGGGAUCUACAUACCGGUGAUACCUAUGUAUUAACACCACCAGAGUUAUCCAUAGGAAACAUGGCUACUCCACAAGAAGUCUGCACGAGCAUAUCUUUCUGCAAGGCGAAUGGUACCUUAGCGGCUGGAACAAACUUAGGAACAAUUUAUUUCUGGAAACGUAAAGCUGAUAUGGACGGCGAUGAAAAUGCUUGGCCAAGUGUUCCAGAGACUUGUAGCAUUCAUGGUAUAGUGAAACAACUUACAUGGGGUGCCACCUUCUUGAGAAGCCCGCUUCUAGCAGUCAAUUGUAUUAUUAAUGUAUUUAUAUUACACCAACAACCAAUGUGUGCGGCGUAUAAUGACGACGUCUGUGCCAGCCAACUCAGUCCCACUCAGAUUUUAAUUGAAAUUGAAGAUAUGACUCACACUUUGAAAACUGACAUUCAAGUACAACUUGUUGCUGUUAAUAAAGAUUACACUGCAGUCUCUUCGGGCAGACAAAUAGCUGUUUAUAGAAUUCAGAGAGCCAGUUCUGUAACUACCACUUGGAUCACGAAUUUCAAUUGUGACACUGAGAAAUUGUUAGUUUACGAGCACACCCUGAUCGUUUUGACUCCUGCAGUUAUACAGUUGAGAUCAAUGGAGGGUACAAUCACUCAGACACUGCCAACAUUGCCCGAGGAAGGUGAACCAAUUACCAUGGAUCUGACUGGACAGUAUCUCACAGUUGCAUCCUUGAAUGGUAUAUUAAAAAUCUGGGAUUUAAGUAAACGGGAAGCAAAGCUGCACACCAGAGCAAUGGCUACAUACGAAGCCAUCAGUGACUUCGCAGAAAUCGUUGAGGCCAGAUGCAAUUCCGACUGUCGUUGUAUAUCGAUUACAGUUGCAAUGACGAAUUUGAUGCCUAGUCCCAUUUUAUAUGUCUGGGACAUCGAAAGUGAUCAUAUACAUGAAUUCGAUUUCGCAGAGUCCGACGACAUUGACGAAGAUGACACUGCUCUAGCUGUGAAGUGCAGAGGAAGAUUGGUCACUGCUCACUGCUGGGACGUCGAAGAUCCUAGACUCCUAGUCUGUCGUGCUCAAAGACUGGAGACACGAGAUUCUAAACACUCGUCCAAGCAAAACAAUGAAAAUGAGUUUGAUAUUUCGAAAGCUACUGUAGUCUUGGUGUCGUUGUUUGCCACGGCAGAGCACGGUAUUGUAGUGCAGGACGUAAAGCCGAUAAAAGAUGGUAACUGUCGAGUGUUGGGCGUUCACACUCCGCACAUAAUCAUUUUGAAUUCUGAGAAGGUUGUGGAUAGAAGUAGCAAGGUGCAAAAAUUACUCAUGAGGGACUUCGAAGAGCUGGGUGUAUGCGACCCAGUCACAAAGAAAGCGGUAUUGGAUUUCAGUUUUUAUAUCAGCAUCGCGAAUAUGGAUGAAGCUUUUAAAGCAAUCAAAUCUAUUAAGAAUGAAGGCAUUUGGAAGAGUCUGGCUAGAAUGUGCGUGAAGACAAAGCAACUGAACAUGGCUCUUUUAUGUUUGGGUCAUAUGAAGCAUGCUAAAGCAGCGAGAGCUGUCAAGGAAGCUAUGAUAGAUGACAGUUUAAAUUUAGAAGCGAAGGUGGGUAUAUUAGCCGUGGAACUUGGCCUGUACAACGACGCUGAGCACCUCUUCCGUGAAGCAAAGAGGCUGGACCUUUUAGGAAGGCUUCUUGAAGCUCGCAAUAAGUUCAAGGAAGCCAUAGAGGUAUCUGGUAAUGAGAACAAAAUCUGCGAGAAAACGAAUUAUUAUAAUUAUGCAAGGGUUCUUGAGCAAGAAGGUAAAAUUACAGAGGCUAUCGAAAUGUAUACCAAAGCGGACUGUCAUAGAUUCGAGGUGCCAAGAAUGUUACUAGUCAGGCCUAGGGAACUGUUAAUGUAUCUGAACAAUUCUGAUGAUCCAGAAAUAAAAAACUGGCAUGCACAAUACAUAGAAUCAACGGGAGAUAUGGACGGGGCUCUACGUUUGUACGAGCAAGCCAAGAAUACUCUAGCAAUGACAAGAUUACUUUGUUAUUUCGGUAGAGAGGAUGAAGUCAGUGAACUGGUGUCAAGGACCAAUCAUGCUGCCUCUGCGUAUCACCUAGCAGCCCACUACGAAUCAAAAAAUCAUGUAGCACAAGCUAUUCACUUUUAUACCAUCGCUAAAGCUUACACAAAUGCCAUUCGAUUGUGCAAAGAGCAUGAUAUGUUCGAAGAAUUGUGGCCUCUAGCUACAUUGGCAUCAAGGCAGUCACAGAUAGAUGUUGCAAAAUAUUACGAAGAAAAUAACCAGCCGGACAAAGCAGUUUUGUUGUAUCAUAAAGCUGGUCUACUGCACAAGGCCCUGGACAUUGCGUUUAAGACGAAACAGUACAGUGCUUUGCAGCUGAUCAUCAUGGACGUUAAUGCAGACUCUGAUCCUGCUUUGAUAGAAAAAUGCGCCGAUUAUUUUGUGCAAAACGAUCAAAUUGAAAAGGCGGUGGACUUACUUGCCACGGGAAGAAAGUACAUCGAGGCUUUGGAAUUAAUGCAAAAUCAUAAUAUAUUGUUGACUGAAGAUCUAGCUGAGAAGAUGACACUGGACAAGAUCGAUAACGAUGCAGAACACGAGAAGAUUCGUAUCUCUAUAUUGGAAAGAAUUGGCGAAACCGCGUUCGAGCAAGGGAACUACCACUUGGCCACAAAGAAAUUUACUCAGGCUGGCAACAAACUAAGAGCCAUGAAAGCGUUACUAAAAUCUGGCGACACCGAAAAGAUCUGUUUCUUCGCUCAAGUUUCUAGGCAGAGGGAGAUCUACAUCAUGGCCGGCAAUUAUUUGCAAUCGCUGGAUUGGCAGAAUCAACCGGAAGUACUAAAAAAUAUUAUCAACUUUUACUCGAAAGGGAAAGCGAUGGAUCUGUUGGCGAACUUCUAUGUCGCUUGCGCCCAAGUGGAGGUAGAUGAAUUUCAGAAUUAUGAGAAGGCUUUGGAUGCUUUGAACCAGGCCAGCAGGUGUCUGGUGAAAGUAACCACUCCGAGGGAUCCGAAUAUUCACAAAAGGGCCGUUGACCUGGUGAACAAUAGAAUAGCGACAAUUAGACGUUACCUGGACAUUAAAAAGUUGUUCGAUAGAGGUGAUACGGCGACAGCAAUGCAACAGGUGCGUCAGUUGCUCGAUUCACAGGGUUCUGAUUUGGAGCAGUCUGUACGACGUGGUGACCUGUUCGCAACUAUCACGCAGCAUUAUAUUAAUAUAGGCGACACCGGCAAAGCACGCGCCACUAUAGAGGAGUUACAGCGUUUAGUACCUGGAAUUAAUUUGAAUUAUUAUUACAAUGCGACUGUGUUGGAGGCGCUUGGUUAUAAAAUGAAGAUUCAGAGACAAGAAAGCUCUGAUAGGGAGGAUGAUAUUGAAGAACUGUUAGGGGAAUGAAUUGGGAAUGAAUUGGGAAGACGAAGUGGACAUUGUAUGUUCGAGGUUCU